CUCAGGAUCCUGCCGGCUGUUGCUCGCAGGCGUUUCACGCACCGCAGCAGCCGAGCCUUCCCUGUUCCCUGCGCUCCUACAGUCCUGGCAGCAGCCGAGCCUUCCCUGUUCCCUGCGCUCCUACAGUCCUGACAGCAGCCGAGCCUUCCCUGUUCCCUGCGCUCCUACAGUCCUGACAGCAGCCGAGCCUUCCCUGUUCCCUGCGCUCCUACAGUCCUGACAGCAGCCGAGCCUUCCCUGUUCCCUGCGCUCCUACAGUCCUGACAGCAGCCGAGCCUUCCCUGUUCCCUGCGCUCCUACAGUCCUGACAGCAGCCGAGCCUUCCCUGUUCCCUGCGCUCCUACAGUCCUGACAGCAGCCGAGCCUUCCCUGUUCCCUGCGCUCCUACAGUCCUGACAGCAGCCGAGCCUUCCCUGUUCCCUGCGCUCCUACAGUCCUGACAGCAGCCGAGCCUUCCCUGUUCCCUGCGCUCCUACAGUCCUGACAGCAGCCGAGCCUUCCCUGUUCCCUGCGCUCCUACAGUCCUGACAGCAGCCGAGCCUUCCCUGUUCCCUGCGCUCCUACAGUCCUGACAGCAGCCGAGCCUUCCCUGUUCCCUGCGCUCCUACAGUCCUGACAGCAGCCGAGCCUUCCCUGUUCCCUGCGCUCCUACAGUCCUGACAGCAGCCGAGCCUUCCCUGUUCCCUGCGCUCCUACAGUCCUGACAGCAGCCGAGCCUUCCCUGUUCCCUGCGCUCCUACAGUCCUGACAGCAGCCGAGCCUUCCCUGUUCCCUGCGCUCCUACAGUCCUGACAGCAGCCGAGCCUUCCCUGUUCCCUGCGCUCCUACAGUCCUGACAGCAGCCGAGCCUUCCCUGUUCCCUGCGCUCCUACAGUCCUGACAGCAGCCGAGCCUUCCCUGUUCCCUGCGCUCCUACAGUCCUGACAGCAGCCGAGCCUUCCCUGUUCCCUGCGCUCCUACAGUCCUGACAGCAGCCGAGCCUUCCCUGUUCCCUGCGCUCCUACAGUCCUGACAGCAGCCGAGCCUUCCCUGUUCCCUGCGCUCCUACAGUCCUGACAGCAGCCGAGCCUUCCCUGUUCCCUGCGCUCCUACAGUCCUGACAGCAGCCGAGCCUUCCCUGUUCCCUGCGCUCCUACAGUCCUGACAGCAGCCGAGCCUUCCCUGUUCCCUGCGCUCCUACAGUCCUGACAGCAGCCGAGCCUUCCCUGUUCCCUGCGCUCCUACAGUCCUGACAGCAGCCGAGCCUUCCCUGUUCCCUGCGCUCCUACAGUCCUGACAGCAGCCGAGCCUUCCCUGUUCCCUGCGCUCCUACAGUCCUGACAGCAGCCGAGCCUUCCCUGUUCCCUGCGCUCCUACAGUCCUGACAGCAGCCGAGCCUUCCCUGUUCCCUGCGCUCCUACAGUCCUGACAGCAGCCGAGCCUUCCCUGUUCCCUGCGCUCCUACAGUCCUGACAGCAGCCGAGCCUUCCCUGUUCCCUGCGCUCCUACAGUCCUGACAGCAGCCGAGCCUUCCCUGUUCCCUGCGCUCCUACAGUCCUGACAGCAGCCGAGCCUUCCCUGUUCCCUGCGCUCCUACAGUCCUGACAGCAGCCGAGCCUUCCCUGUUCCCUGCGCUCCUACAGUCCUGACAGCAGCCGAGCCUUCCCUGUUCCCUGCGCUCCUACAGUCCUGACAGCAGCCGAGCCUUCCCUGUUCCCUGCGCUCCUACAGUCCUGACAGCAGCCGAGCCUUCCCUGUUCCCUGCGCUCCUACAGUCCUGACAGCAGCCGAGCCUUCCCUGUUCCCUGCGCUCCUACAGUCCUGACAGCAGCCGAGCCUUCCCUGUUACCUGCGCUCCUACAGUCCGGGCAGAGAAGCUCAGCCUCAACAGCCCCUGGCCACAGGCAGUCAUCCAUAACACUAUGCAGAACCUGAGCACUCUCCUUCUAACUGCUGCUGUCUGCUUGCUCUGGCAAGGCUGCGGCGGCUCCGAGGCCGAGCAUCGGCUCUACUCGGCCCUCUUCGAGAGCUACAACCAGUUCGUACGCCCCGUGAAGAACGUGUCGGACCCCGUCAUCGUCCAGUUCGAGGUGUCCAUGUCGCAGCUGGUGAAGGUGGACGAAGUCAACCAGAUAAUGGAAACCAACUUGUGGCUGAAGCACAUCUGGAAUGAUUACAAGCUUCGGUGGAAUCCAGCAGACUACGGAGGUGCUGAAUUCAUCCGAGUUCCAUCUGGCCAGAUCUGGAAGCCAGAUAUUGUUUUAUAUAACAAUGCAGUUGGGGAUUUCCAGGUUGAUGACAAGACAAAGGCCCUUUUAAAAUACACGGGUGAUGUGACAUGGAUACCUCCAGCGAUAUUUAAAAGUUCAUGUAAAAUCGAUGUAACCUACUUCCCAUUUGAUAAUCAGAACUGCACCAUGAAGUUUGGCUCCUGGUCUUACGACAAAGCCAAAAUUGACUUAGUUCUGAUUGGCUCUACAAUGAACCUGAAGGAUUACUGGGAGAGUGGAGAAUGGGCUAUAAUUAAAGCUCCUGGGUAUAAACAUGACAUCAAAUACAACUGUUGUGAAGAGAUAUAUACAGACAUCACAUAUUCUCUUUACAUUAGGCGUUUACCUUUGUUUUACACUAUCAAUAUGAUUAUUCCCUGUCUGCUCAUUUCCUUUCUGACUGUAUUAGUUUUCUAUUUGCCUUCAGACUGUGGUGAAAAGGUGACACUCUGCAUAUCAGUGCUUCUCUCUUUAACAGUGUUCCUUCUUGUUAUCACAGAAACGAUACCUUCCACUUCUCUGGUAAUUCCCCUUAUUGGGGAGUACCUCCUUUUCACCAUGAUCUUUGUGACUCUAUCAAUUGUCAUCACAGUAUUUGUACUCAAUGUGCACUACAGAACACCCAAGACACACACAAUGCCCGUGUGGGUGAGAACCAUUUUCUUGAACUUACUUCCUCGGAUCAUGUUCAUGACAAGACCUGCCAGUGAUGAGGAGAACAACCAGAAGCCAAAACCAUUAUUCACUUCUGAGUUUUCAAACUUGAAUUGCAUCAACGGUUCUGAAACCAAAUGCUGCAAAGAUGGCUUUGUUUGUCAAGACAUGGCGUGCAGCUGCUGUCAGUGUCAGCGCACCAAGUUCUCGGAUUUCAGUGGCAAUCUCACUAGAAGUUCAAGCUCUGAAUCUGUAGAUCCUAUGCUUUCCUUUUCAGUUCUGUCACCAGAAAUGAGGGAUGCUAUUGAAAGUGUGAAAUACAUUGCAGAAAAUAUGAAAAUGCAGAAUGAAGCAAAAGAGAUUCAGGAUGAUUGGAAAUAUGUUGCCAUGGUCAUUGAUCGUAUUUUUCUAUGGGUUUUCAUCCUGGUAUGUAUUCUAGGAACAGCAGGAUUGUUUUUACAACCUCUGAUGGCUGGAGAUGAAAUGUAAAGAUUAAAUAAAAUGCUGUGAAAUCAAAUAAAACUGCCAACUAACUCUGCACCCUCCUCCCAGCACCUCAUGUCUCUUCCAUGUGUAGUAGAACAAGGGUCUCUCUUGGCUUCAACUUCGCUUGACCAAGGCAGCUUUGUUCAAAAUGUGGAAAAAGAAAUUAUUUGGAACCUUUAUGACAGCUAAUCUCAAAGUAAUACAAGCUAUGCUUUACAGCUACUUCCUGCAAUAACUGGAGAAGAUGGAGGCAGUUAAACUUUAUAGGAAUUAUUUACGAAGGGGUUAAUAAAGAAAUGGAAAAACACAUGAAUAUUCGGAAAGUCAUCAUGGGUUCAGUGCUUUGGGCUGCUAGGUUUCUUUCAUAGUCUGGUGCCAAGCCUCCUCAGAGCACGACAGGAUCUUCUGGAAGGAGCUCCUAGCGAGUUCCAUGAAUGCCCUCUCGAGGAUGGAAGUGGGAAGCACACGUACCAAAGGGCUGGAAUGCAGACAUGGCCACCUGCUGGACAAACUGACCCAAACACAGGCAAGAAAGAACUCAGGAGAGGUUUAUUACAAAAGGAAAACAGGUAAAUAACAGAUGAUGGUAAUAAAGCAGCCAUAAAGCAAACUCUGUGUGUCCCCAGGCUGCAAUGUAUGUGAAGGAUGUCAGGAAACGAAGCUGCUCAAACCAGAUGAUGUUUAGAAUUGUGUACAGGUAAAACAAGCAACAAGCCAAUCUGCGAGUGAUGCAAAGAAUCAAAAGACUCUUGACAGGAUAGUCUGGAUACAGAGGCAUCCUGCUGUAGUGAAGUGUUUCAUGCCAGGGGAAGGCAGGUAGACAAAAGUAGUCCUGUAAAGUGUGCUUAAAUUGUUGCUUAGGCAUAUAUAUAUAUCUUCUCUUAUUUUUUAAUCAGUAACUGCAGAUUAUUUAAGAGCAUGAAUAAAUAAUACAACACAACACUGUAAUCAGAUCACAUUUUGUAAAAAUAUGAA